AUGCUUCAGGGGGAGUCGCUGCCCUGCCCCCACUCCCACCCCUCUCCAGGGAGAGUCGCGGGGAGGGAGCGCCCCGUCAGACCGACCUUGUCAAGCACUCAGCUCUCCCUUGACAGGAAAACUAAGAAGAAAAGAAUGGCCUUGGAUUUGCUGCCUGCUCAGGUGACAGAGUCAGUGACGUUUAGGGAUAUCGCUGUGCUCUUCAGCCGGGACGAGUGGUUGCACCUGGAUGCUGCCCAGAGAACCUUGUACCGGGAGGUGAUGCUGGAGAACUACAGCACCCUGGUCUCGCUGGGGAUUCCAUUUUCAAUGCCAAAGCUGAUCUGCCAGUUGCAACAAGGAGAAGAUCCCUGUAUGGUGGAGAGAGAAAUCCCUCAAGAUACCUGCCUUGGUUUCAAGACAUGGCCUGAAAUAGAAGCAUUGCCUCGCAAACAGGACAUUUCUACAGGAGAAACAUCUCAAGGAAUAAUAAUGAAAAACUCCAUUAAGUUGGACAUCAAGUGUGGAGAAGCUUUGGAAUUUGAGGGCAGGACACAACAAGAGCAACAGAAAAAAACUCUCCGGCAAAUGGUAGCCUCACAGAAGAAAACCAUCAGUGGAGCUGGAGACCAGACAAGUCUUGAAUUAGGGAAAGGCUUAUUUAUAAAUACAGUUCUUAUUAGACAACAAAAUGUUCCUACAGAAAGAGUACCCAGUAUAUAUUAUACUUUUGGGAGAGAUUUUAAACAGAAUUUUGAUCUAAUGAGAUGUUUCCAGAUUUACCCAGGAGAAAAACCUCAUAUUUACAAUGAAUGCAAAAAAAGCUUCAAUCAGAGUCUUCAUCUUAUUGAACACCAGAGAAUUCUUACUGGUGAAAAACCUUACAAAUGUAAUGAGUGUGGGAAAACCUUCAGCCACAGAUCAUCACUUCUUGCCCAUCAGAGAAUUCAUACUGGAGAGAAACCUUACAAAUGUAAUCAAUGUGAGAAAGCAUUUAGUAGCAGUUCAACCCUUAUCAAACAUUUGAGAGUGCAUACUGGAGAGAAACCCUAUCAGUGUAAGGACUGUGGUAAAGCUUUUAGCCAGUGUUCAACCCUCACUGUACAUCAGAGAAUUCAUACUGGAGAAAAACUCUAUAAGUGUGGAGAAUGUGAGAAGGCCUUCAAUUGUAGAGCAAAGCUUCAUAGACACCAACAAAUCCAUACAGGUGAGAAACCCUAUAAAUGUAGUGAAUGUGGGAAAAGUUACAGCCAGUUUACAUCCCUGGCUGAACAUCAGAGGCUUCAUACUGGAGAACAACUGUGUAAAUGCUUGGAAUGUGGGAGAAAUUUCACUCGCAUCUCAACCUUUAUUGAACAUCAGCGGAUUCAUACUGGACAAAAACCAUAUCAGUGUAAUGAAUGUGGGAAAGCCUUCAACCAGUAUUCAUCCUUUAAUGACCAUCGGAAAAUUCAUACCGGAGAAAAACUUUACACGUGUGGAGAAUGUGGGAAAGCCUUUGGUUGCAAAUCUAACCUUUAUAGGCAUCAGAGAAUCCAUACUGGAGAGAAACCAUAUCAGUGUAAUCAGUGUGGAAAAGCUUUCAGCCAGUAUUCAUUCCUAACUGAACAUGAGAGAAUCCAUACUGGAGAGAAACUCUAUAAAUGUAUGGAAUGUGGGAAAGCCUACAGUUACAGAUCAAACCUUUGUAGACACAAAAAAGUUCACAAUAAAGAAAAACUCUAUAAAUGGAAAGAAUAUGGGAUCAGAGAUUUCUUAGAGGAGAUAAGCCCUAUGAGGUUUAAUUCAUCUCUGAAAUAA